UCACUGCUUCCUUACUUUCACUCACGUGCCGGGCGAGCAAGAAGUGACACACAUGAGCCAGUUUAUUACUUUGAAUGCUGCCUCGACUCGAUUGUCUAUCUUUAUUCGUCUCUUUCUCUAUUUUACGAGGCUUGUAGUGUUGAAUGAAGUAGACCUGUAGGUGGGUUUCUUCCCCCCCACUUUCCCUCUAUCUCUGUUCGUCUGUGUGUGUGUCCGUGUGCGUGUGUGAGAUAGAGAGGGAGAGAGAGAGAGAUAGAAGAGAGAGUGGGUGAGAGAGAGAAGAGGAGAGGAGGAUGAUCGCAGCCCAGCUACUAGCGUACUACUUCGCCGAACUUAAGGAUGACCAGGUUAAAAAGAUUGACAAGUACCUGUACUCCAUGCGCUUCUCCGAUGAGACGCUACUGGACAUCACGCAGCGCUUUCGCAUGGAGAUGGUCAAAGGAUUGAGCCGCGAAACCUACACCACGUCAUCUCUAAAGAUGUUGCCGACGUUUGUCCGCUCCAUCCCCGACGGCUCCGAGAAAGGAGACUUUAUAGCGUUGGAUUUGGGAGGAAGUGCCUUCAGGAUCCUUCGCGUCAAAGUCAGUCAUGAGAAGAAGCAGACGGUUCAGAUGGAGAGCCAGAUAUACGACACACCUGAGGACAUCAUGCACGGGAGCGGCACUAGGCUAUUCGACCAUGUGGCAGAGUGUCUGGGUGACUUCAUGGAAAAGCAUAACAUUAAAGACAAGAAGCUGCCAGUUGGCUUCACCUUCUCCUUCCCUUGCCAGCAAACCAAACUUGAUGAGCCCCGCUUUGUCUGUCUGCAGAGCACUCUGAUAACAUGGACGAAGCGCUUCAAGGCGAGCGGAGUCGAGGGCUUGGAUGUUGUCCAGCUGCUCAACAAAGCCAUCAAGAAACGAGGCGACUAUGAAGCGGACAUCAUGGCUGUGGUGAACGAUACCGUGGGAACUAUGAUGACGUGUGGCUUCGACGACCAACGCUGUGAAGUCGGAAUUAUUAUUGGAACUGGCACCAAUGCGUGCUACAUGGAGGAGCUGCGUCACAUCGACCUGGUGGAGGGUGACGAGGGCAGGAUGUGUGUGAACACUGAGUGGGGAGCCUUUGGAGACGACGGCUGGUUGGAGGACAUCCGGACGGAGUUUGACCGAGAGAUUGACCGUGGCUCUCUGAACCCCGGCAAACAGCUGUUUGAGAAGAUGGUUAGUGGACUGUUCAUGGGCGAGAUGGUUCGCCUAAUUCUGGUCAAGAUGGCCAGGGACGGUCUGCUGUUUGAAGGAAGGAUCACCGCUGAGCUUCUUACUAAAGGGAAGAUUGAGACCAAGCACGUGUCCGCCAUUGAGAAGAGUAAGGAGGGAUUAACCAAGGCCAAAGAGAUUUUAGUCAGACUUGGUGUGGAGCCCUCGGAUGACGACUGCACUGCCGUUCAACAUGUUUGCACCAUUGUCUCUUCCCGCUCUGCUAACCUGAUAGCGGCAGUGCUUGCGGGCAUCCUCAAGAGGAUCAAGGAGAACAAAGGGGUGGCCCGACUGCGCACCACUGUUGGCAUCGACGGAUCUCUUUACAAGAUGCACCCACAGUAUGCCCGUCGUCUUCAUAAGGCGGUCCGUCGACUGGUCCCCGACUCUGACGUGCGGUUUCUCCUGUCAGAGAGCGGUAGUGGAAAAGGAGCCGCCAUGGUGACGGCGGUGGCCUACAGACUCGCUGAGCAAUCGAGGCAAAUCGCACAAACUUUGUCAGAGUUCCGCCUGACGACCGAUCAGCUGCUGGAGGUAAAGCAGCGAAUGAGGACUGAGAUCCAAAAUGGCCUUUCGAAGGCUACGCAGGAGUCUGCCACCGUGAAAAUGUUGCCAACGUUUGUGUGCAGCACUCCCGAUGGCACAGAAAAUGGCGAUUUCCUGGCCUUGGAUUUAGGAGGAACCAACUUCAGGGUACUGAUGGUCAAAAUUCGUUCUGGGAAGAAAAGAACAGUGGAGAUGCACAACAAGAUUUAUGCCAUUCCUCUCGAAGUGAUGCAGGGAACAGGAGAGGAGCUGUUUGAUCACAUUGUGCAUUGUAUAAGUGACUUCCUGGACUACAUGGGGAUGAAAAAUGCUCGUCUUCCUCUGGGCUUCACCUUCUCAUUCCCCUGCCUUCAGACCAGCCUGGAUGCCGGCGUUCUGGUGACGUGGACAAAAGGGUUCAAGGCAACAGACUGUGAAGGAGAAGAUGUGGUGGGGCUUUUGAGAGAGGCCAUAAAAAGACGAGAGGAAUUUGACUUGGAUGUUGUGGCUAUAGUCAAUGACACCGUGGGCACCAUGAUGACCUGCGCGUACGAGGAACCCACCUGUGAGAUUGGGCUCAUUGCUGGCACCGGCAGUAAUGCCUGUUACAUGGAGGAGAUGAGGAACAUUGAGAUGAUAGACUCCAAUGAAGGGCGAAUGUGUGUCAACAUGGAGUGGGGUGCCUUCGGUGAUAAUGGAUGCCUCGAUGACAUCAGGACCGAGUACGACCGUGCUGUGGAUGACUUCUCUCUCAAUCCAGGAAAACAGAGAUACGAGAAAAUGUGCAGUGGUAUGUACCUUGGCGAAAUAGUGCGGAACAUCUUAAUAGACUUGACCAAGAGGGGCUUCCUCUUCAGAGGGCAGAUUUCGGAGACGCUGAAGACCAGAGGCAUCUUUGAAACCAAGUUCCUCUCUCAGAUUGAGAGUGACAGAUUGGCGUUACUUCAAGUGAGAUCCAUCUUGCAACACCUUGGCCUGGACAGCACCUGUGAUGACAGUAUCAUUGUCAAAGAGGUUUGUGGAGCAGUGUCACGUCGAGCCGCUCAGCUCUGUGGGGCAGGAAUGGCGGCCGUUGUUGAUAAAAUCAGGGAAAACCGUGGCUUGGACUAUUUGAACAUCACUGUUGGGGUGGAUGGGACUCUCUACAAACUCCAUCCACACUUCUCCCGGAUCAUGCACAAAACCGUCAAGGAGCUGGCUCCUCACUGCCAUGUCAACUUCCUGCUGUCGGAGGACGGCAGUGGCAAAGGGGCAGCGCUCAUCACAGCUGUGGGCGUCCGGUUGAGACAAGAGGUCAACAGUUAAUAACUGUCACAGUCCAGUGUCUUCCCAUGACUGGCCCCUUACUGCUCUGCCCCCUCCUCUGUCCCACACCCAGGAGCUGCUGUAGUGCGUCCAUGAGGAAAAAAAAAUUAGUUGCACAAUUGCUAUAUUACCUGUAGAACAUGUUGAAAGUUCGAAGAUUAUAGCUCAUUCAAUUGCUAUAACACACCCCUGCAACUUUGCUUCGUGGUGUGUAAUGUUGCCACCUUCGGGAUUUUUCUAGUAAUUGCAAGGUGUUGAUCGUAAUACUGUACAGUACUGUACAAUGGUCUCACUGCCGUCAGUUUCGUGUCGCAUUAAUGUUCUUCCAUGAUAAUAAGUAGCUGCAUGUUUAUGAAAUCUUAUUCUGUACCAAAGUUAGCUGAAUGUGUCUGCACAAAAUACACAAAUAUAUAUGAAGGGAGGCACA